AUGGCUACAAAACUAAAUUUUAUAACAUUACCUGAUUCAAUUAAAACUAAAAUCAUAUCCUAUUUACCACAACAAUCAUUGAUCAAUUUAUCACAAACGAAUUAUGAAUUUUAUCAACCAUGUUUGAAAAAAUUAUAUUCAAAGAUUCUAAUAUCAGAAGUUGCACUACUUAUUAGCUCAUCAAAAAGAGAAAUUGAUUUCCAAAGUAGUAAUAAGACAGUAAUAUAUGGAUUUUUAAAAAGUGCAAAAGAUGAAAAAUUAAAUUUAAAAAUGAUAAAUGCAAGAAUAUUGGUGUUGAUACAAGCUUUAAGGAUCAAUGUGGAAUUAAUUGGCUAUGUUAAAGAGAUUUAUAUAAUGGGGGCAUUUAACGAAGAGAUACGAAAGAAUUUACAAGAAUUAAUCAAUUUAUUUAGCACUUUAAAUGUUUGUCAUAUACUAAAUAAAGAAGUUAGAUUAGAUUUAGAUUUAUCACAUCUACAAUUGAAAUCAGUUAUAGUUGAUAAAAAAACAGAAGUUUUACAAACAGUAGAAGAGUUGAUAGUAGGGGAAAAUGAAACGUUGAGUCUAUCAUAUUUAAUUCAUAUAAAUAGUUUAAUUAUUGCCAAAGAAGACCCAAUCGACUACUAUAAUUGGUAUGAGGAAAAUGUCAUCAAACCAAAACAUUUCUUAAAACACCUUUGCAAGUUCAGAUUGGUGUUUCAUCCAACAAGUUUACAAAAAUCAAAUGACUUAAUAUCUCGAAUUAAUUGGCUAACCAUCAAAGAGUUAGAAAUAAUUGUACCCUAUUCCGAAACUGAUGAAAAUUUUGUUUUAGACUGUUUAGAUUCAAUACCUCCACAUUUACCAAAUCUUAAAAAACUAUCAAUUAUACAAGGUACAACAUUUCCAACACAUGCAUCAAAUGAAUCAUUUGAUUUAAAUAUUUUCAACUUCAUCUUGAGUAAUAUUUCAAAUUUAUCAUACUUAUCGAUAAAACACAACACACCGCAAUUUGGAAAUUUUUCAGAUGGAAUGGAAGGUAAUUAUCAUAGAAGGUAUGAAAUUUAUAUGGUUCUUUUGCCCAAGAUUAUAAUGAAUUCAACAAGUCCAAAUUUUAUAUUAAACUUACCUAAUUUAUUUCAAACUUUUGCAUGUUAUGAACAAUCUAUGAAUACUAUAUUAUGGAAUGGAUGUAAAUGUAAAUAUUGUAACAUUCACCUCGAAAAAUUGGAUAAUUUUUUAUUUCAUCAUAAAUAUUAUUCCAAAAAAAGUGGUAAAUUUAAAGAUAUAAAUGUUUCUCAUUUAAUGUCUUUUAUUGGUUACGAGCUAAACCAAAGACAACUACAAUACCCACAAACUCAAUUAGAUCAAUUAUCGUUUCCUUUGUUUAACAAGUUAUGGGAUUUUCACACGAUCCCCCAUUCAAAAGAUUUGAAAUGUCUUAGUAAACAAACAAUAGAUUAUGGAGAAUAUGAAGAUGAAGACACAAUAGAAGAAGCAUCAAAACAUUGUGAAUUUAAUAAAUCAAUAUAUCAGUUCAUUCCAUUAUCAAUUAGUCAUUAUAUAAAUAAUUUAGUUCAAGAAGUUUUAAAUCUUAAUAGAGGUAACGCAGAAGCAAGAAUUGAUGAAGUCUUAGAUUUAGAUUUAAAAGAUGGUGGUGAUUUAAAUUUUUCAAGUAAAUUUAACUUAAAAAAAAUUAUUAUGAAUGGAUUUGUUUACAAUUUUGGUAAUGAAAUUAAUGGAACUCAUUUUUAUGAAAAUGUAUAUAAUUAA